AUGACCCACCAACCAUCCCGGGAUCUGAAAUACAUUUAUUUGAGGGCUGCCCACUUUCAGCGCCACUCACCACACCACACCACAGACAGUGGCUGUGGCUGUGGCUUUGCCAGAAGAGUUGACACAUCUUUCUUAAGCAGGGAAAAUGUUUUCACCCGGUUUUUCUUUAUUGAUUUUCUUGGACCGAUCGGUUACGUUCACUCGACCGGAUACAACUCCGUUUCUUCUCCGACGCCGCCCAAUAUCACCCUUCCUUCUCCGACGGUUUUCCACAGGCUGAGGAAUGAUCUCGCCAUCGAAUCAAUGGCUGUCAAGGAGCCUUCUUCAACCCCUUCACUUGCCUCUGUGAUUUGCCGGUCGCUUGCGUACUCGAAUACGCUCUCAGGCUACAACGUGCAAGUGUUCCUUGAAUCCGGCGUUGUUCAUGAAAUCACUUGA